GGCCGCGGGUCCCCCUCGGAGAGCGGCGAUUUCCUCCCGGGCUGCCCAGUUAUCUCUGGAGGCGCAGAGCGGCUCUCCGAAGAGCGCGUUCUCUCCCCCACCCCGUGCUCCUCAACCCACCCACCUACUUCCUCCGGCUCCAUACACACACAGGCUCAGAGCUGCCAAAAAUUUCCACCCUCCGCCCCCCCUCCCUAGCUAACUUCCUUCCAGCAUUUCCUGAGCUGGAUGAUCCUAGGAUUUGUAAGACAGGAAAAAAAGGAAGGCGUGAGGGCGGGCGAGAGAGACAGGAUGCUUGUUUUUCGUUUGACCAAAGCCGUCUGAAGGCACGGCGGCGGGCGCAGGGAGGAGGACCCGCGGCAGCCCCUGGGCUGUCUCCUCGCCCCCGGCUGCUGCCCGCUUCCGCGCUCUCGUCGUCUCCCGGGCAUCCAGAAGGGCGGAGAGGAGAGCUCGCCCGCGCUCUGAGGCGGAGGAAAACACCCGAAGACACCGCAGGAGCCUGUGAAAGUCCCUGGGACUCCAAGUGAGGAAGUGACACUCCCAAGCUCGCCGGCCCGCCGCUGCCAGCUCUGCACGGCCUCCGGCACCGCGGCCCUGGAGGAGCGCGCCGUGGAUCUCAGGCUCCGCGCCCCGCGGGGUCCAUGCGCACCGCCCCGGGCCCAGGUUCUUCUGGACGCCCAUGCGGCCCCCCAGAGCCGCGCCGCAGCCAGUGAGCUAACCCCGGAGACCGCCUUAGGCGCGGUGCCAAGCAGAGGGGAGGGGGAGACGGAGGGGCAACCUCUUUGGGACUAACUCAUGAAGAACAAGGGUGCCAAGCAGAAGCUGAAACGAAAGGGAGCCGCCAGUGCCUUUGGCUGUGACCUGACCGAAUAUCUGGAAAGCUCAGGACAGGAUGUUCCAUAUGUAUUGAAGAGCUGUGCAGAAUUUAUAGAGACUCACGGCAUCGUGGAUGGAAUUUAUCGGCUCUCCGGAGUCACCUCAAACAUACAACGGCUAAGGCAAGAGUUUGGCUCAGAUCAAUGUCCAGAUCUGACAAGAGAAGUGUACCUCCAGGACAUCCACUGUGUGGGCUCACUCUGCAAGCUCUACUUUAGAGAGCUGCCCAAUCCCCUCCUGACUUAUGAGCUCUAUGAGAAAUUCACGGAGGCAGUGUCGCAUUGCCCGGAAGAAGGCCAAUUGGCCCGAAUCCAAAAUGUUAUCCAGGAGCUUCCCCCGUCCCAUUAUAGGACCUUGGAAUACCUGAUUCGACACCUGGCCCACAUCGCUUCCUUCAGCAGCAAGACCAACAUGCACGCCAGGAACCUGGCCCUGGUGUGGGCGCCCAACCUCCUCAGGUCCAAAGACAUUGAAGCCACUGGUUGCAAUGGAGACGCAGCCUUCCUUGCAGUCCGAGUCCAGCAGGUGGUGAUUGAGUUCAUAUUGAAUCAUGUGGAUCAAAUCUUUAACAACGGUGCACCUGGGUCUCUGGAGAAUGAUGAAAACCGGCCCAUCAUGAAGAGCCUGACCUUGCCAGCCCUCUCUCUGCCCAUGAAGUUGGUGAGCCUGGAAGAAGCUCAGGCUCGGAGCCUGGCUACUAACCAUCCUGCUCGGAAGGAAAGGAGAGAGAAUAGUCUGCCUGAGAUUGUCCCUCCCAUGGGCACCCUCUUCCACACCGUCCUUGAGUUACCGGACAACAAAAGAAAGCUCUCCAGUAAAUCAAAGAAGUGGAAAUCAAUAUUUAACCUGGGACGUUCUGGAUCAGACUCCAAAUCAAAGCUGAGUAGAAACGGGAGUGUUUUCGUGAGAGGACAGAGGCUCUCAGUGGAAAAGGCUACUAUCCGACCAGCUAAAAGCAUGGACUCGCUGUGCUCGGUGCCGGUGGAAGGAAAAGAAACCAAAGGAAAUUUCAAUCGAACAGUCACCACUGGUGGAUUUUUCAUUCCAGCAGCGAAAAUUCACUCAACCAGCACCGGCAGCUCCUGUGACCUCAGCAAGCAGGAGGGCGAAUGGGGCCAGGAGGGGAUGCCCGCAGGGGCGGAGGGGGGCUUUGACAUGAGCAGUGACCGAAGCCAACUCCAGGGCACUCAGGCCCGGCCCCCACCUGAGCAACUGAAGGUGUUCCGGCCUAUCGAGGAUCCUGAGAGUGAGCAGACAGCACCCAAGAUGCUGGGCAUGUUCUACACCUCGAAUGACAGCCCUGGCAAAUCUGUCUUCACCAGCAGCCUCUUCCAGAUGGAGCCGUCGCCCCGGCACCAGCGCAAGGCCCUGAACAUCUCUGAGCCCUUCGCCGUGUCCGUGCCACUCCGCGUGUCCGCCGUCAUCAGCACCAACAGCACCCCGUGCAGAACACCCCCCAAGGAGCUGCAGUCUCUUUCCAGCCUGGAAGAGUUUUCUUUCCAGGGAUCAGAGAGUGGAGGUUGGCCUGAUGAGGAGAAGCCAGUGGGAGCUGAGACUUCUACAGCUUCUGGACCUAAGAAGGUGGUUCUCGAGGAUGCCAAGCCAGCACCUGAAGCCAUGAGGACAGUGGAAUGCAGCAAAGGCCCUUCCCUGGAGCCAGGUGCCCAACUGGAGGAGAAGAAAACCUCAGAAGUCUCCCUGGGCUCUCAGCAUUCAAGUGAAUUAGAGAAGAGGCUGGAUCCAGACAAGGCGGUGGAGGAGAGUCGAGAGGCUGGCCAGAUGGAGUCCAGUGCUCUGCAGGAGAGCCCCCGGGCCAGAGCCGAAGCAGUGUUUCUCCAUGAGAUGGAUGAAGAUGAUCUGGCCAACGCCCUGAUGUGGCCCGAGAUUCAACAGGAGCUGAAAAUUAUUGAAUCUGAGGAAGAACUCUCUGUUUUGCCACCUCCUGUUCUAAAGAUCAGCCCCACUCAGCCAAUUCUGGAGUCCAGUCCAGGGCCUUUUGCUUCCCUGGAGCCUCUUGGGAGCUUGUCUUGUGGCUCCGCCCCAGCUCCAGGCCCCAUCCCCCUGGAGGAGUGGACUAGGGAUCCAACCAAUCAGAGCACACAGGGGGCGUCCACAGCAGCCAAUAGAGAAAAGCCCGAGACAAGCAGCAGCCUCCACAGAUCCGAGCCGGAGAAGGGCCAGCGCCCAGACCCCACCAGCCUGGCUCCUCUGGAAAUAGUGCCCUUUGAGACGGUUUCUCCACAAGCGAAGGUGGAGGUGGGAGGCCGAGGGAAUCUGUCUCCUGUGCUCCCGCCUGCUCCUCCCCCUCCAACUCCUAUGGAGGAGUUGCCUCGAGUCCAGCUAUCAGAGGGCAGCCCUGAGGGAGAAGAUUCAUCCAGGAAUUUGAAGACAAAUCCGUAUACAGACCAGCUGAAGUCCAACGGCAGCCCUGGGGUCCCCAGUCUUUGUCAGGGAGAAGAGCCCUCUCCAGGACAAAGUGAAAAGCAAAAUUCAAAGGAUGCUGCUCCUGAGAGAAAAGGCUCUGGUUUUCCAAGCCCCGCAAGGGAGGUUGAGAUCUCCCCACAAGGAGAGGGGGAUGUCACCCAUUCAGUACAGGAGCCCUCAGACUGUGACGAAGACGACACUGUGACAGAUAUUGCCCAGCAUGGCCUGGAGAUGGUGGAGCCCUGGGAGGAGCCCCAGUGGGUGACGAGUCCUCUUCACUCCCCAACUCUGAAAGAUGUGCAAGAGGCCCAGAUGCAGGGCCCCCAGGGCCACCGAUUGGAGAAGAGGGUUUCCCACAGGCCCAGCCUUCGCCAGAGCCAUUCUCUAGAUAGCAAAACCACAGUUAAGAGCCAGUGGACUCUUAAGGGUCCCUCCUCCAGCAGCUGUGCUAAUCUUGAAGCAGAGAGGAAUUCUGACCCUCUGCAGCCCCUGGCAUCCAGGAAAGAGAUUACUGGAUGGGAUGAGAAAGCCCUGAGGUCCUUCGGAGAGUUCUCUGGCCUGCAAGAGACAGAAGUUCUUCCCAACCGGAAGGGAUCAGGUGGUUUGCAGCCCAAACCAGCGGAAACCAGCCCUGUCAGCCUAGCAGAGGGAAAGGAACUGGGGACACACCUGGAGCACUGCAACCCUCAGAUUGAGCAAGGUGGUGUUCCUGGGCCAGAGAGCAGCAAGGAGAGUUCCCCUAGCGUGCAGGACAGUACCUCACCUGGAGAGCAUCCCCCAAAGAUACAGCUAAAGAGCACUGAGUGUGGGCCCCCAAGAGGGAAAAAUAGGCCUUCUUCCCUCAACUUGGACUCUGCCAUUCCCGUCACUGACCUCUUCCGGUUUGAGAAUGUGGCCUCAUUUGGUUCACCUGGAAUGCAGCUCUCUGAGCCAGGAGACCUGAAGUUCACAUGGAUGACCUCAUCUCACUGUAAAGUAGACCCCUGUAGGGUUUACUCCCAGGACCCUCAGGACCCGGACAUUGUGGCUCAUGCCCUGACAGGCCGCCGUAACUCAGCUCCCGUGAGUGUGUCAGCUGUGAGAACCUCCUUCAUGGUCAAAAUGUGCCAGGCCAGGGCAGUCCCAGUCAUCCCACCCAAGAUUCAGUACACACAGAUCCCACAGCCCCUGCCCUCUCAGAGCUCAGGGGAGAAUGGGACUCAGCCUCUGGAAAGGAACCAAGAGGAACCCGGCUCAACUGGUGGGACCUCUCAGAAACCUGCCGAAGGUGAUUCCCUCUCGUCCUUGGAAAGCCCAAAGGAAGAGAAACCAAAGCAAGAUACAGGAGCUGUUGAGUCCUUGCCAAUGGAUGCCACUGCAUCCUGCAUGUGCGAGGGACCCACCCUUUCUCCAGAACCAGGUUUGGCUAACCUGCUCUCCAGCCAGGAUGCGGUAGUGCAAUGCAGAAAGCGCACAUCAGAGACAGAGCCAUCUGGGGACAACCUUCUUUCUUCAAAAAUAGAGCGACCAUCAGGGAGUUCUAAGCCUUUCCACAGGUCAAGGCCAGGAAGACCUCAGAGCCUAAUCUUAUUCAGUCCUCCUUUCCCCAUUAUGGACCACCCACCCCCCUCAUCCACAGUGACAGAUUCCAAGGUCCUGCUGUCCCCUAUCAGAAGUCCCACCCAGACAGUUUCUCCUGGUCUUCUUUGUGGGGAGUUGGCAGAAAACACGUGGGUCACACCAGAAGGGGUUACACUUAGGAAUAAAAUGACCAUCCCUAAGAAUGGCCAGAGACUGGAGACCUCAACCAGCUGUUUUUACCAGCCCCAGCGGAGAUCAGUGAUUCUGGAUGGAAGAAGUGGGAGGCAAAUAGAAUGACAUCAGUUCACAUGCUGGUGUCUGAAAAAAUGUCAUGAUUCGUCUGGAAGUUAUUACAGGGGCAACUUGCCAUUAUUCCAGGCACGGGUUAUCCAAGUUUGGGCUUAUUUUGGCCUCUUCUCUUUCUUUAGUCUUUUGACCAUUUGUUAAUUAGUCCAUUUGCCAGAAGAGAAGUCAAGAGAAGGACCAAAAGAUGAAAUUUAAACAAGUCUGUAUGAGCAGGCAGGGAAAGGUCAGGUGAGGGAAGAGGAUGUCCUCCAAUGAGGUUUGAAACUUGUGAGUUGCAUUACUCCCCCAUCGCCAUUAUCUGUUGCCAUGGAGAGCUGGGUGUGAUUAUGUCUUUUGAAAGAAAGAGAAGUCUUUUGCCUGUGUUGGAAAAUGUUGCUAUUGAGGUUUGAAGGCCUCCUAUUUACUUCAUGCUUUUUAAUGCUCUUUAAAGCAUGUGUUCUUUUAGACCAGUGUUCUGAUAAGCUUUGUAAAAGUAUACUAUCCAGAAUAGAAAAGUAUACUAUCCAGAAAAGUAUACUAUCCAGAAUAGAAAAGUAUACUAUACAGAAAAGUAUACUAUCCAGAAUAGAAAAGUAUACUAUGCAGAUUCGGAAAUGCAAACUAACAUACACUUAGUGAGUGAAUUUACCCGUACUCUUUCCCUGGAACGCUUGCAGAUCUGUCCAAGAUGGCUCCACACUCCAGCAUAGAAAAUCAGAAUCUAUACUCAAGAGCAAACUCGGAGACUGGCACAGUCCAAGAAGACUUUCUGGCUCUGGCUUUUAUUAAUUUGGGACUCCAACUGCCGCUACGCUGACCUCUGAUUUAUAAAUCCAGUAGCUGGGCAGGGUGGGGGCUGAGCUGAGGCUCACCUCAACGAAAUGUGCUGAAUCUUCAUUUAGGUAUGCAAUAGUGAAGUGAUCUGCUUUCUUCCCAAUAUCAGAGUCCAAGAACAAGAUGUCUUCAUAGAGAAAAGCCUCACACAUAGGCAGCAAACACCUCUAGCUCAGCUUUACUCUCCUUCCACACUAGGCUGGGACCAGCAGUACAGGAGGGGGUAAGGGAGGAGCCCUAGCAGGCUAGCCAUCGGUACUGCUUGGUGACAGCUGCCCAUCUUGACAAUGUGUUUCAUUUUAGCCAGUGGGUACAUCCCUUUCUCCCUCUCCUUCCAUUGCUCAGAGCAGAUUUGAGGGACCCCUCUCCCUUCCAUAAUCCCCCUCAUCCACCACCCACCCCAGGCACUCAGACUUGUUCCUCUCCUGUCUAUAUGCAAGCAGAAGCAAUAAACUAAUCUGAUUUUAUUUGUUAUUUAGAAUUUCAAAUGGUUCUUUCCUUUUCAGCUGGAGAGAGGAAGGAAAACUAAUAUACCCUGCUGGCAGAUUUUUGGUGCUAUCCUACGAAGGCCUUCACAGGAGCCCUUCUCAUGGCAAAACCCUUCAGGGUAUCAACACUUUCAGACCUUCUAAGACAACUAUGUUGUAUGAGAAACAAAGAUAAAUAAGACCUAUUUUUAGCCCUAUGCACCUCUUCUCAGGUUCAAGUCUGGCUAAAUUCUGUCCAGAAGCUCAGUCAUUGCAGAAAUUUCUCUAAGGGCUGGCAGUACCUCUGGGAAGACCUCACAACCAAGACUGGUGCUGGGCUGGGUAGGGGCUGAGCUGAAGUUACCUCCUCCAGUGAGAAAUUGGAUGCUGAUGCCUGCAACGGAUACAUACAUAUUCCUCUCUCCCUUCUUCCUGAUAAGCCUUACAGUUUUGAAAUCUUGUCCCAUACCUUUUAAGCCAGUGUCCCUGGCAGAGAUAACUGGUGGGCCAGCUGAUAAGUUCUGCUUUCAGAGGGCACUGAGAUGAGCGAGCAAGGGGAGCGGUGAAUAGGCCUUUGGUCAGUGUUUUUCCAUUCUCAUUGGGAACAAGACAUUAUACCAACAGCCAAUGAGAUGUCAACCCAUAAGAAAAGUCCUAGGGUAUAGCAUUUCUCCCUCCUGGGCAGGCAAAGUGAAGAAAUACAGUGGUGACAGAUGAGGAAGACCAUGUUCAGGAGGUGUGAAAAGUACAUUCCUGCCUUAUCAGAAAAUGUAGCAGACAGGCUUUGUGUCAAUCUCAGUGCACUGUGGUGUCUACGCUCUGAUAAGGACUGUGUUCCAGUUAGAAUGUGAGAAGGGGAAGGAGCCGCGCUUUGCUUCACCAUCAGAACUCUGAGCCGAGUAAUGAAAUAUUUAAACUAUUUUAUGAUUAUUUUAAAUUUUUGUUUGUAACACUUAGAGGAUAUAUUUUUAUUUGGGGAUAGACUGAGAAGCUACCAUUUACAUAUUAACAAGUGAGUUCAAUUUGAGGCGCCUACGUAGAUUUAUUAAAUGGCUGCCAUGUUCCUUAGACUCCGACAUCUUUCAUUUGUAGCAUCUUCUUCAGGAGUGUGGGUGUGUGGAUGUCAUCAUGAGACACAGUGACAACUGUCUAGAGAUAUUCGAUACUCUGAGCUUUCCUAGUCAGUCAAUCCAGAAGGCCUUGGAAUCUGACUCAUCUUCUCAGUCAGUGUCUGGCUGCUAAAGUGUGGAUCUCUCCUUUGACUAUUUUCCAGCCUAUCAACUGUAACAAACAUUCAUAAACUUCCUAUGGACCAGGGCUAGCCUGGGGCUGAUGAAAUUCCAUUCUGUGACAAAAGUCAUUACAUUUUUCCCCUGAAAUUGUUCCCCAAAAUGACCUUAGAUUACCAAUUUGGUCACCCACUUGGGACUGAAAAAUGAAACCCCCUCAGAAUGGCUGGAUGGGAAUCAGAUUGCCUGCUUACAUCCAGGGGAGGGACAGAAUGGGUGCUGCUGUUUUUAGGAGGAUCUACACAGUGCCCUAGAAAGGGCUGCAAAAUCAGAUUCUCAAAGGGCGCCUUCAAGUCAACCAUCAGUCCUCUAAAUGGGGGUGGCUGAUUUAAAACGUUGAAUUUGAAGUGAAAUGCAUGCAUGUUCUAAUGUUUUCUUUCAGUGUUAAUGAUUGCUUAAGAAGAUAAUAACCUAUAUUUAUUGGCUAAAUGGCCCUCCCAGGCCAACUAUGUUUUUCUUCUUUUUUGCCAAAAUGGACCAGAUAGAGGGAAUUUGGUUUUUAUCCUCUGCUUCACAUAGAAUAUGAAGAAACUUGACCAAGAACCACAUUAAGACACUGAUAGCCUAAUCUAAGCUCUAAAAUUCAAAAUAUUGGCCAAGUCAAAAUUCUGGAUCCUGGGGAAAUUAAAAAUGUAAACAUCAUCAUCCUCAACAAAUCAUAUUAAGAGCUUAGUAAUAUUGCACGGGGUACCUUAGAACUCUGAAAUCCUUGAAGAUUCUAAUGAAAAAAGGGAGAGAGGGAUGGUAGCAAAUGAAACAGCCUAUAAACAACCAGGAACAAGAUUUAGAACCAUUUAGUUAUGAAAUGAAAGCGAAGUGGAAAAAAUGUUGCAACCAGCAUCUUCAAAUAGGAUUGUUAAUAGUGUUCAAGUUACCUAUUGACUUUAGUCAAAUUAAACACAAUUGCAAGUCCAAUAAAAGGUGAUAGGGAGACACUCAGGCAUUGAGAAUUUUGCUUUGAUCAUUUAAAAAAUUAGAGAUUGGUAACUAAGAAUAAAUAGUUCUGAGGUUUUCCGUGGUCUUAAUUGGUUUGGUUGUGAAGUCCUGUUGGAUCUCUGCUAAAGAGCCAGGUAAUAUCAGCGUUCCAUACUCCUUGAGAGGGGCUUUGAGAGACUGCCAUCAUCACAAAAUGGGUGUACUCCUGUUGAUGAUGAAGUCACAGGUCCAAGACAAACUGUUACUUUCCUGUCUAAUGUUUAGCACAUGAUAAUCACAUUUGACUAAAAUUGGGUGGGAGAGUUAUUUGUCUACACAGGCCUUGUGUUCUUGCCUGGAGAGGGGUACUGGAGAACGCGAGAUUCGUUUGUCCAGGAUUGGAAUGGAGAGGUCAAGGGAAGGUCCAAUUCUCACCAGGAUUGAUUAGGGCCAUAUUCUACCAUGGCCUGUCCUAUCUGAUGACAACAUGAAUCUUGGGGUUAAGUGUCGCCAGGAGUAUGAUUUUACACACUUCCAGCAGGAGGGUCAGCUCAAAAUGUGGGAUGAUAAAGAAUGUGUCCUCCUCUGUCAACACUGUUUCUAGUAAAGUCAGGCCAGAAGAGGGCGCAAGCACCUUUCCAAGCAUGGAGAGGAAUGGGAGAUGGUAUAAGGGUGAUCGCCUGAGAUCAGUGUCAGUCUAGAUAGUAUAAAAUUGGGGGCCACCACUGAUUGACUGGCACACAGUAGAUCAUUUAGUAGCCUUGUGGUUCAUGAGCAAUGCAGGGAUCACUUCUCUAUGAGGAUGAAGGAGGAUGUAGCUAAACAUAAGAAACCCACGAAGUACGUAGCCAUGUGUUUUACUGGAUGAAUCGCAAUGCUUUGCAAUAACUUAAUGCCAUAGUACUUCCUGGCUAAUAAUUCCGCAAGGUAAAGCACUUUUUCAAAGGAGUCUAUUAGAAAGCCACAUGAUCUCAGCUGUUUGUUGAGCUUGACAAGUAUGUUUCCAAAGAUAUAAUCAAAAUGUUUUUCUAUUGAUUAAAAAAUAUAUAAAUAUUAAACUUAUCCAUAGAGACAUUUAAGUGUAAUUAAAACAGAUUGUUAUGCUUUAAAAAAUGUACUCUAAUAAAUGAUAUAAAAUAUAAUGCUUAUGAUGGCACUAUGAACUAGAGGAGGACAUGGGGUCAUCAAAAUCAAUAAUAGGAAAAGUAGAUUAUAUGCAUCAGGCUCAUUGUUCUAGUUUGUUCUGUUUGACAUCAUUUUUUAUUACUUCAAGGUUUGGUCUCACAGCAAAAGUCCUGAUGAUUUGUUUCUGUAAAUUUUUCUUAUUUUUGUUAUUUUACAUCUUA